ACGGCGCCAAAACGUCCAAAAGCAAACCGGCAGGAUCAAACCACGGAGGACGUAACAGGCACUCGCACGCGGGGAAUGUUACGGUUUUCGUUAACGAGUUGUUCCUGGAUGGGUAACGUUGUAGCUCAGCUCCAGACUGAGCGGGAAGAUGAGUCAGUCUUUGGCUCUAAGGUUGCAGUGAUGGAGUGCAGAGGGAUGAUGCUCACUGGAGGGAUCUUGCUUCUGCCAGUGCUGGUUUUUGUCACCUCCCUGCUCUUCUGGCCCGGAGUGCUCCUAAAGGCCUACAACUGGUACUGGCGCCGCAGGCUGGGACUGGUGGUCCGCUACUCUCACAGUGGAAGUUAUCGCUUCUGCUACUUCAGCCGCGGGACACCAGGGGGAACCACUCCUUCACUUCUUCUGCUGCAUGGCUUCUCAGCCAGCAAAGACAUGUGGCUUCCUGUCAUUAACUUCCUCCCCAAAGAGCAGCACGUGGUGUGUGUGGACAUGCCAGGACACGAAGGGACGAGUCGCACCGGCGCCGAGGAUUACAGCAUUCAGGGUCAGGUCAGCCGCAUCCACCAGUUCGUGCAGAGUGUCGGUCUGCAUGAAAGACCCUUCCACCUGGUUGGGACCUCGAUGGGGGGAAACGUUGCAGGUGUUUAUGCUGCUCGGUACCCCUCUGAUCUGUCCAGCCUCACCUUGGUGUGUCCCGCAGGGCUGAUCUAUCCCACAGAAUCAAAGUUCAUUGUCAGACUGAAAGAGCUGGAGCAGAACAUCACCCAGGAAAAGUCCAUCCCGCUAAUCCCCAGAACCGCUCAGGAGCUGGAAGACAUGCUGAAACUGUGCUGCCACACAACCCCCCGCCUCCCUCAACAGGUCCUGCGGGGUCUGCUGGCCAACAGGCUUCCCAACAACGAUUUCUACAGAGAAGUUUUCUUGGAGAUUGUUGGGGAGGAGUCUCGUCAUUCGCUACAGGAUCACCUUCAUCUGAUCACAGUUCCUCUGCAGGUCAUCUGGGGGAGGCAGGACCAGGUGGUAGAUGUCUGUGGUGCAGCGGUCAUCCAGGCGGCGCUACCUCACACCCAGGUGGACGUGGUGGAUAACUGUGGUCACUCUGUGGUGUUGGAGAGGCCAAGAAAAAUGGCGCAAUUGUUAAUGGACUUUGUGUCCGCACAGGAAGUCUGGGAUGCAAAGAGCAAGAAACUUUCCUGAAGGAAGCGUUUUUGACUCUAAAAGAAAAGAAAUGAAAUAAGUUAUGAUGAUGUUAAUCGCUUUUGUUUUGGUUUUCUUGAAAUGUAUUUGUGAAUUCUGAAACCUUUCCUACAUUCCAUGGACUCAAAUCUAAGCACACAUUAAGAGAGUGAUCUGGUUUUAUUUCAACAAAUAACUUCAGAAUGAAGUCAUCAGGAGAACCUUCCUCUCAGAAAUGUUGCUUUUCUCAUACAAAAAUACAUUCUGCUACUGUAAAUGGACAGUUUUUACCCUAACUUUAGUCCUUUACUUUUAAAAACAGAAUGAAACCUGUGCUGUUCGUGUAAUGCUGCAAUAUUUUUUGGACAAAUGGAAGAAAAAAUCUGUGAUGAUCCGAUUCUUUAGGGAGCAGAAAAUAACGUGGAUUUGGCUAAAACGAAAAAGAAAACUUUUUGUGUUUUUUAUCACACAACUGUUUGCAUUACAAACUGGGUCUUUGUUGAACGUUUUUCUGUCUUAAUGCUUUCAGAAAAAGAUGUUUCUGUUUUAUUGAAGAAAGUCUUUUUUCAUUGUCAUUGGAGAAACUGUGAAGUCGGAAUGCAUGGACCUGUUUUCAUUUGUUCCAGGAUCGUAUCUGAAGAGCAAACCAGAUAAAAGAAAAACCAUCUAAGGGUAUAUAACAAAGUAUUGUGUUGAACUUUGUUAUUGAACAAAUACUUAUUUUCCACAAUAAUUUGCUAAUAAAUUCUGACUGUGAUUUUCUGGA